CCGUUUCGCUUGCCACUUCAGUCUAGGAUAAACGCUUGCGACGAGCACAACAAGUGCGCGCAUGCAACCAGCCCCGGAUCCAACCUCAGUCCGGAGUCAGUCCACAGCUCCGCAAGCCUGUUGUGUAGUGUAGUGCGAAAGUGAAAUUUCCGAGUGCGAAUUCCAUCAGAAGAGUGAGAGUGGGAGAAGAGUGGGUGACUGGCAGGACAUCUGCCCCAGCCGAAUCCUUUCCUCCGGGGAUGCGCGAUGCGAUUGCCCCCGAGUUAAUUAACUGCGCGCGUGCAUCAAUCGUCGGGAAAUCAAACAUGUAACUCUGCGAUCGAUAUUUGUGAGGUGGUGCCAAAGUAGAACCCCCAAAACGAAGUCAGAAACAAGCCACCGAUUUUGUGCAACUCCAAAGGAAGCAUUGCCAGUGAUUUUGUGAAGAUAAUCAGUGGCCUGAUCGGGCAAGAAAUCAUUCGAUUUUCGAUAUUCGUAUUUCUGCAUUGACUGAUGGCCAACAACUCGUUGUGUUUGAAGAGUUUUGUGUGCUUUUAGGAAAAAAUCAAAACCAAUCCAAUUGCAAAACCUAUUCCGAACCCAACCCAAAUCCAAAAUUCAACCCACUUGCAAAGAGGGGCGGAACUUCUGCAUCGAAUUGCCAUUUCAGCUGGAACAAACCAAUACGGAAAUAUGCAUAGGUUUUGGAUAAUCGUUUUACUUUUAGGAUUACUAUAUACAAAGCCAAUAAAUGGACAAUCGGACGUGGAGGUGCAGCUGGUGGUGCCCCGGUAUGUGGAGCGCGGCUCGAGCGCCACUUUCAAGUGCCGGCACAAUGUCCAACCGGAAAUACUCUUCAAGGUGACAUGGCUGAAGGUUGACAAGGGCAAGUUCUUCGAGUUUAUAAACGGACGGAACCCGCCAUUCCGUAACUCCACCAUCGAAGGGGCUGAAAUUGACUGGGACAACUCCAACGAGCAGCAGGUGACCCUCAGGGAUGUGCAGUUCGAUCUCUCCGGGCAGUUCUACUGCGAAGUCUCCACGGAUACACCCAUCUUCACCAAGGCCAGCGCCGACGAGCUGAUGAGCGUGUUCUUGCCCCAGACGGGUCCGCCCACAAUUAAGUUCCGCAAACGCACUCCCUUUGCGGUGGGCGAGAAACUUUUCGCACUGUGCAACACCACUCGCGGACGGCCUGCCCCGCACAUCACGUGGCUAAUCAAUGGGAAAAAGGUGGAGGAGAAGUACGUGCGCACUCAUCAUGUGUUCUCGUUCAACGGCAAGCACCAGCGCCGCACGCAGCAGCAGCAGCAGACGCAGCUGAGUCAGCAGCAGCUGCAGCAGCAGUACUAUCAGCAGCAGUACUACAACCAGUACCACCAGCAGUACCACAUCCCAGUGGGCCAAUUCAUGGACCGCUAUGACAAGAGCCUUCGUUGGCCGGCCGGCGCCCGUGCGGAUGAAUUUCCGCAUUUUGCCGCACACCAUCACGAGGGCCACCAUCAUGGCGGCGGCGCUGGCGGCGGAGGCAGUAUAUACAACAAUCCGUUUGGCUCGCUGGCUAACUACCAUGACGUGGGCGAGUUCCAUGAGAUACAUCAGCGCAACUAUGACAUCAACAAGAAGAAGCUCGAGCUGAAGAAGCAACAGCAGAUGGAGCUGAAGAAGCACAGGAACAGCAGCAACCGCAAGUAUCGGCGGCACAUCAACGAGAACGCCCUGGGCAUCAUCCGGAGUACCCUGAACAGCGGUGGCUUUGGCCCCCAGGCGCCCAACAUUGCCAAAGAGCUGGGCAUACCCCCGAAUUCGGGUCCCAUGAAUCAGCUGGCGGCCGGCUACCAGCGCCCGCUCUCCCAUCCAGGCGGCGGUAGUGGCGUGGCAGCAGCCGCAGCGGCUGUGACCGCCGCCCAGCAGGAGAAGGGCAUGUUCAGCAUCAGCCAACUGAACCUGGAAAUCACCGACGAGCAUGUGGGCAGCAAUGGGCGCAUGGAGAUCACCUGUCUGUCGACGAUACCGGCGACUGUCGGCCAGGGCGAACAGUAUGCCGACUACAAAACGUACUCCGUCAAAGUUGAGGUUGAGCGACAAUUGGCCUCCUCCACGUCGACGGCCGCGCCCAGCAUCGGUAUGGCGGCACUGGGCAACGGUAAUGGACACGGGAACGAGACUUCGGCUGGGUCCGUGUCCGUAAUGCCACAUCUGUGGUCUCUUGCGCAGAUUCUGCUACUCAUGCUCCUGCCCCUGCCCCUGAGCUACUAGGAGCCCCAGCAUGUGCAGCAGCAGCUGGAGAGAAGCAGACCACCGACAUACUAAGGCAUAGUUACGCCAAAACAAAGGACACCCACAUCAUCAUCAUCAUCAGCAUCAAGGACAGGAGGAGCAGCAGCAGCAGCAGCAGUAGCAGCAGAACUAAGUUGGGUUUUUAUAAAUUGUACACAAAAUUUUAAUUUAUUUCCAUGUGCAUGAGCUCGAUUGAGCAGGAAAAUUAGCACAGCACAAAAACAAAUUACAACAAAGACGGGGGACACGACGAAGAGCGAGUGGACUUGGAGGAGAAUUUGUACCAUUUUUGUGCUGCUCUCCUUGACAGCCAAUUUAAAUAGUUUACUUGUAGAUAACGUAAUUUGAAAUGGUCGAGGGGCCGCGUGCGUUGAUUUUUCCCCCUCGUUUUUUUGUGGGGCACCAAUGCCAAAGAGAAAUGUUUGUAAUUAAGUUGCAGUCGGAUACCACGGGCUGUGGGUAGCCUUUCCAUUGCAGCCGAUGCCGACGGGCAUUUUUUGUAGCGCAAAGAAAUUUUUGUAUAGCUAAUUGAACAUAAGUUUUGUGGAGAGCGGCACCCACCGGGCGGCCAGCUAAUCCAACUGAGAAUAUCAAGUUUUUGUGCUCUUCAAGGUCAGUGCACAGUGGGUGUGGCAUUCCACCCAGUGAUUUUCCAUCGCCGGCCUUGCCAGAAGUUUGUGCGAAUGCCGCCCCCUGAGAAAUCCACCAUCCAAGCAAACGAAAAAAGAAAAACGAUUGAAGCCAAGUUUUUAGGCGUUUCCAAGCAGUCGCUACGAAGCUUGUACCUAAAAUGCAUCGCAUCAUCCAAGUGCAACAGCAAACAGAUGAACAGAUCCCCAUCCCCCAGAGGCACAUUAACAAUUUAGCGAAAUGAGAGUUAUUUUUUACGGUGUUUGUAGCUUGUAGCUCCGGCUAGUCAGGGAUGUGCAUGUGGAUGUGGCCACUGAGGGUUAGGCUAAGAUUAAGGCAAAUUGAAUUUAAGCGCCAGCCACAUUCCGCUAAAUACGACUACCCCGAGAAACCCAGAGAAAAUUAAACGUUUAAAUGUAAAAUAAUUAGACAGUUAAACCAAGAAGCUUACAAAAACAAUCAGUGUUGAAAACAUUUUGAGAAAACCAAAAAAAAAAAAGACAAACGAAACAAAGGAAACGGAAAACGAGACACAAGAAAAUGGCGUCGCAAUGGGCGCGCGUCUGCGGCGCGUGGUCGACCUCCAAAAAGGGUCAGCUCCGAAUGGGUUGGACCGGCGGGGUUAAUGGGUUUCCACGGGGCAGAAACAGAAACAGAUUCACACUCAGACCCAGACCCAGACCCCGCCGCAACACAUUACGACGCUUAUUUAUUUAUAUUCAUUUCGGGCUUUAUUCUCGUUUAGUUCUGUGUGUACAAAUGGUUAUCGUUGCAAUGGAUCGUUUAGAGAGUAGUUAGGAAAAUAUUUGCCAUUGCGAUUAAUUGUGUUUGCAAUCGUUUUCGUUUCCGUUUUUGUUGAAUCCUAGGCGCCCGUACUUGAGAGCAAGUACGGAUGCAUUACGAGUACGUGUGUGUAUAUUUAGGAGAACCCUUUUUCAAACGCGCUUUAAGUGUCUAUUUGCUAGAGGACAAAAUUAAACACAUCCAUACAUAUGAGUAGCAUACCAAUGUAACUAUGUAAAGCAAGACGAUAGCAACUGGUAGCAGAAACGGUAACAUAACAAACAACACGGCAAAGUAAAUAAAUGUAAAGCAAUUAGCGGACUAGUCUGUAUAUCAUAUACCCCUAUAUACUAUUAUAUAUACGUGUACGUACAUAUACAUACAUAGUACAUACCCUACCUAUACAUGAGCAUCUGUUUUGUGUGUGUAAUUAGGCUUCUAUUUUUGACUUCAAAUCGACGACGGCGAAACGCAACCAAAACCCAAAAUAAUAUUAGUGUAUAGAAUUUAGCCUGCAGAAGUUCUCCUAAGCGAAAUCAGCUAAACCAACCGAUUGACAAUUACCAGUUAAACAAAAACAAUUGCAGAAAAAGAUAGAGAAAACAACUCUUUUCCCAGUUGAAACACUUUCCAAACGGUUGUUCAGAGUGAUCGGAACUGUAGUAAGUAGAUCUAAUACGAAUACGAAUACGAUUACGAGUAGUUUCACGUCCAUUGGUGGCGGCCGAGGGAGGGAGUGCAGCAACCGGAUAUUGCUUGAAAGAACUACAACAAUUUUUUAUAAAUGAAAAUAUACUAUAGUUAUGACGACGGUAACGGUAACAUCAAGUAAAGUAAUAAUAACAAAAACCGAAACAAAACAAAACAAAACAAAACAAAGUUCAUAUUACAUAUAAAAAUAUGGCUAAAAUGUCUUAUGCAGGUAUUGACGUCUUCCUAUGCUACGCUGUCUAUUAUUAACUGAACAAAUGAAUUACAUUUAUAAAUUAUACAUUAUGAAUAGGUAUGCAUACAAAGUUUACUGUAUGUGAAAGAAAAAAACCAAUGAAAACCGAAAGAAAAACCAAAAAAAGAAAGAAAGAUUAAAUAUUAAUACUUAUACACAAAAAAUGAUAAUGCUUUAAGAUCGUAUGAUAAGUUGUUUCUCUUAAGUUUCAAUAUGUCACUCACUAUGAUCAACUAUUUUCCAUCAUCAGGACUCUAUUCAAUUCUGGAUAAUUUCGCUUGAUUUGUGUAAGAUUAUCAAGGGAAGUGGUUCCCAGUUUGUUAUGGGUUUGAGACUCACUCGUAAAUGUUUCCCACCAAUCUAUAAACAAGUGCAAACACAUCUUAACUCUCGGCACCUCAUCGCAUCGACACAUAUACAGUUUGCACCUCCCAGUACCCAUUAUCACUCCCCACUCCAGCACUCUCUCUUUCUACAUGUGUAUAUGUGUAUGUAUCUGUCUGUUAAAUAUGCAAACUGUGCGUUGUCCUCUAGUCAGUCGUCUCAGUCUGCUGUCUCAACAUAUACUAACUGCAUGAAUAUGCAUAAUUGGUAAUGGGCCAGGUGUCAAUCAUCCAGGUGUCUGCUAAUUAAUGUAUGUGUCCCAUGCAGGCACUCUCUAUCCAGCAUAUAAGUGUGUAUUUAUGUAAAAAAAAAGCAUUCAUGUAAGUGUCAAGUGCAAAGGUAACACAAAAACGAUGAUAUUUAUAAAGAACAAAUUAACGUACAUUAAGUGUCGCAGCAAUUCGUAAAACAUAUCAUAAAUGUUGUAACAUUUUCUCUAUAUCAUGUGUCAGUAACCUAAGAGAGAGACAAGUGACAUACUUCAUCAAUAACAUAUGGUAUUUUUCAUUUAAUUAUUGUUUUUCCUUGAGGCCUCUCCUUUGGGAGCUACUACCAGUGAAAGUAAUUCAAGCUGAACAUUGAACCAAUUUAGAGGCGAUGGAAAUAACUGAAACACACACACAGCAAACACACAUACAAGUUGGAAAUGUUGUGUUUUGAUAAUUCAAAAGUAUUAUUAUAAUGCCAGAUCGUCAGACAAAGAGAGCAACUCGUUUCGUUCGGGGUUUGCGCCUCACACAAUUUCACUAGCAUCAAAAUCUUCCAGUCACACAUAUCAUUGCAUAUUGAACAAGCUGCAAGAAAUUAUACAAAAUAUAUAUUUAAAAUAUGUAUGUAUACAAAAAGAGAGGAGAAAAACCUCACAAAGGGUGUAUAAAAAAAAAUAUAUAUAUAAUAUACAUAUACACAUUUAUAAAUGAUGGCAUAAUUUAUUAAUUUUAAACACUUACACCACAAAAAGCUUUAACGUUUUUAUUUCCAUUGUUUGUCGAACAUUUAUAUAUUCCCAUGCACAUAUUAUACACAUGGACAUAUUCAAUACUCGUGUUGUACGACUUUAUUUGACUUAACCUUAUUUGUAUUGUAUAAAAUAUUUUACUGUAAGAAAAGGUCUAGAUAAAUAGCAUAAUUCGAGGCUACUCCGAGUGCGGAUAACUGACAAACAAA